AUGGCUUCGCAGUUUCCGACACUAGCUUCAAUGCGGCAACCAUGCGAGCACAACUAUACUUAUGCACCGAAUCUUAUCCCCGACUCAGCACUUUCAGUCUGCGCAGUCUGCAUCACAGAGGCUCGCAUUGGUGAAGUGAAGUUCGCGACAUUUGCGUUAGCUCGCCGCGGUGGUAUUUUCGAAUCCUCAAAAGCAGGGCCAGAGCUACGUACGAAUGGUAUCGAUGAUCUAGGCUGGAUGUCACACAAGGAUUGCACAGGUCGGUGGAAGAGGGCAAAACUCGAUUGUUGGAGACUUGUUGCGACCCUGGAGAAUCUACGAGAUGAACAGUUCGAAAUGGCUGAGGAAUGGGGAGUCGACGAGGCGCUCUAUCUUUGGGAACUAGCAAGAGACGAAUGUUGGAAGGUGCCUGGCUGUCAAUAUCUGGAAUACCCCGCUUCGAAAGAGGUAGAAUUGACAUCACGAUCGCCUGCUAUUGAGAGUGUCUCGGAGCCUACGCCCCAGGAAGAAGAAGAUUCUGAUGGUAGUUGGGAGAAGGUCAAGCGCAGGUGGAAGAGGAGGUCUCAACAGAUCUCAUUUUCAGACGACAAUGAAUCGCUGGAUGUCGAUCAGAUGAAUCUAAAAGAGAUGGAAGGAGUCAACGAUAGGCUAGCAGAUGCAAGGUCGACACCCAGGAACCGCUUCGGCAAGAUCGUCAAAACCAGUAGAAGCGCCACCACAGUAGCUGUCGCACAAGCCGUGAGCAGGUCUAAAGGCUUACUCCAAGGGGACACAAAACAAUCCGCUGCUCCCCCUCGCAAAUCAGUCAGUAUCGACGCGCAAGCCACCAUCCUCCCUUGCGAUUACACUCCAGCUACGACGAUGUCACACCACGAGCACACAGUCAUAGAACGGAGCCGCAACCGCCCCACUUACAGUCGCAGCUCCCGUUUCUACACGCCCUCAUGCUGGGCGAGUCCAGAGGGUUACGAGAAAGAUGACACCAGUCUUUCCAAGAGCUCUUGGGCGACUGUUGACCAGCUCCAGAGGGAGUUUGCGGGCUUGGACGUGGACUCUGAGAAGAAAGAAGAGGUGCUUGCUGAAAGAGCUGAGGAAGCUGCCGCUGAGCAAGACAAGAAGGCUAACUUGAGGAAAGUAAAAGACAAGGCCUUUCGCGCACGGCGACCGCCAUGGCAAGGAGAAAGGCUCUUUCAUGAUAGCUGGCAGGGUGCUGAGCUUCUUCACAUGAGAGACUACUUCAAGAAGGCGCUCGCAGAGGAUGCAAACUUGUCAUCGCUGAGUCAAUCGCACCGCAUGGCAUUGACGAGGGGUCUUCAUGACUGCGGUAGUGCUUUGAUGCGUGAGGAGAAGCAGAAGGAGAAGAAAUGGGUGGAUGCCGAGAGCGAACGAUAG